AUAGUUUAUUCAUCUCCAUAAAUAAAAACCCUCCACGCUUACAGCUCCGAGUCCAACCGACCAAGAUUCCACAUCUCUCUCUCUCUCUCUCUGUCUCUCACUCUCUCUCUCGUAUUCACAGGCCAAAGAGUUGCAGCAAUAAGCUCAUUAAUUACAGCAAUCUUCACGUCUUUCCUCUUCCAGUUUUCUUUCUCUGCCGUUGUCUUCCUCAGGGGAUAAGCCAUCCGAUGUAUUAGAGAGAGAAGCGUAGAUGAUAUAGUAGUAAUGAAGAUCCAGUGCGACAAUUGCAACAAAGAGGAGGCCUCCCUCUUCUGCUCCGCCGACGAGGCCGCGCUUUGCCAUGCCUGCGACCACCGCGUCCACCACGCUAACAAGCUCGCUAGCAAGCACCACCGCUUUCCCCUUCUCCAUCCUUCAUCCAAAGACGCCCCUCGUUGCGACAUCUGCCAGGAGAAACGUGCCUUGCUCUUCUGCAGAGAGGACAGAGCGAUUCUCUGUAGAGACUGUGACCUUCCAAUUCACAUGGCCAAUGAACACACCAUCAAGCACCACAGAUUCCUUCUCACCGGUGUUAAGCUCUCAUCCUCUCCAGCCUCUGCCCCUUUACCUUCCAACGGCGACUGCGAUACGGAUACUCCCACUCAUGAAGUCAGCCCUUCUUCCCAGAUACCCAUGAAGAAGAAACCCGACUCUGUUUCUGAUCCGCCGCCAUCAAUGAUUGUCCACAGUAAUGCCACUAGUACCAUCCCUUCUACAUCCAAAGUCGUCGAUGAUUUUUCUGCAAGCCAAGGGGGUUCCACCAGUAGCAUAUCGGAGUACCUGAUCGAGAUGUUGCCGGGCUGGAAAGUGGACGACCUUCUCGAAUCAUCUGCUCCUUUUGGUUUCUCGAAGACUGAUUUCACACCGCCGUUUCUGGAUGCGGAUCUUAAAAGCAAUCUGAGCUUCUCAUCUGAAGAUUUGGGGAUCUGGGUACCUCAAGUUCCUCAAGCUCCACCUCAACCCAACUACAACAUGGGUGUGCACAACGGUGGUUUCAAGGUGUCGAAUCAGACAACCAGUAUCAGUUUCAGAUCGAACAAGCGAAUGAACGACGAUGGUUUAACAGUUCCUCAAAUCAGCCCUCCUUCAUCCAAGAGGUUGAGACCUUCUCUUUUUUAUUAAUCCUAAAAUGAAAUCGAAUUGAAACUCUCUGUCUCUCUCUCUCUGUGUUCCAAUCUUCUUCUCUGUUUGGUUUUUUGUUUCGUUUACCCGAUUGGUGACCCUCUAGCUUCCAUUAUGACCAAUUGGCCAUGAAUUUUUGAAGAAGCUCAGAGCACCAUGAUAGUUGGUGAGAGAGAGAGAGAGAAUCAGGAUCAGGUUUAGAUUUUACAGCAAAUCUUUUGUAGAAAGGAAUGUAUGUAUUUCCAUGUAUCCAUGGUUGGAACCAGGGUUUUAUGAUUUCUGAACUCAAGAAAUGGAAAUUAGGAGUUUUUGUUUGGA